GACGCACACACGUCUUUCACCAGUGCGCGCUGAUGGCGGACAACAGCUACUUCACAAACGCCUCGACCAGAGAGUCCGGAGAGAGAAAGUCCCUCCCAGAGACGCCUGCACCGGGGCUGUAGCGCUGUCAUUUAGGCACCUGUUUUGGGAAGUAGAAGGAGGGUACUUUUAGUCCCCUUUUGUUGCGGGUUUCACUUUGAGUGGGGUGAUAUGUUGUACCGAGGACUAGUGGACUCUGAUACACCGGACAGGAUUUAGACAGAGCGCAACGCAACGCACGCAACGCACGCGGCUCUGUAACUUAGUGACAGAAAUAACAAAAGCCCCAAAAGAAGACGCUGCCCGACCAGAGGAGAUUAUUAUAGUCCUACUGUGGAUAUCUGCUCCGCCAGCAUGAAGUUUGCGGAGCACCUGUCCGCCCAUAUUACUCCAGAAUGGAGGAAACAAUACAUUCAAUACGAGGCUUUCAAGGAGAUGCUGUAUGCGGCCCAGGACCAGGCCCCAUCCAUAGAAGUCACAGAUGAAGACACUGUCAAACGGUACUAUGCCAAGUUUGAGGAGAAGUUCUUUCAGACAUGUGAAAAGGAGCUCUCCAAGAUCAACACAUUCUAUUCAGAGAAACUGGCUGAGGCACAGCGCCGAUUUGCAACUUUGCAGAAUGAGCUGCAGUCGUCUCUGGAUGCCCAGCGGGAGAGCAACGUUCCAGGGCUGCGCAGUCACCGCAAAACGGUGUUUCCUUUGUCCAACAAAGAGCGCAACAAACAUCGCAACAUCAAAGACCUGCAGCUGGCCUUCAGCGAGUUCUACCUCAGCCUCAUCCUGCUGCAGAACUACCAGAAUCUGAACUUCACUGGAUUCCGUAAGAUUCUGAAGAAACAUGACAAGAUUCUGGACACACAGCGUGGAGCUGAUUGGCGUGUGGCUCACGUGGAGGUGGCUCCAUUCUAUACCUGCAAGAAAAUCACACAGCUCAUCUCUGAGACCGAGGCUCUGGUGACCACAGAGCUGGAAGGAGGUGACCGUCAGAAGGCCAUGAAGAGGCUAAGAGUUCCACCUCUUGGAGCAGCACAGCCUGCACCUGCCUGGACCACCUUUCGUGUGGGACUGUAUUGUGGGGUCUUCAUUGUCCUGGCUAUCGCCUUUGUCCUUAUUGGUGCUUUUUUCAUUCGUAAUCAGAACAUCUGGCCGCUGGUGCGCAUCUACCGUGGCGGUUUCCUGUUGAUUCAGUUUCUCUUCCUCUUGGGGAUUAAUACUUAUGGCUGGAGGCAGGCGGGUGUCAAUCAUGUGCUGAUCUUUGAGCUGAACCCUCGAAACAAUCUUUCACAUCAACAUCUGUUUGAGAUCGCAGGGUUUUUGGGGGUGUUGUGGUGUCUCAGCAUCCUAUCCUGUCUGUUUGCGGACUACACUUGGCUCCCUAUGCAGGCAAACCCCCUCAUCCUCUACGGCUUCAUGGUGCUCUUCCUCAUCAACCCCUUCAAAACGGCCUACUACAAAUCCCGUUUCUGGCUCAUCAAACUUUUGUUCCGUGUGUUCACUGCCCCGUUCCACCGAGUGGAGUUUGCAGACUUCUGGCUGGCAGAUCAACUCAAUUCCCUGGUCAUUGUGCUCUCAGAUCUGGAGUAUCUGGUCUGUUACUACAGCAUGGAGCUGCAGUGGGGAGAUCGCAGCGGCUUACUGCCCUCCACAUAUGGUGAUCAACGGUGUAACAGCUACUCUUAUGGAGUUCGGGCUAUCAUCCACUGUCUGCCUGCCUGGCUGCGGUUUGUUCAGUGUCUGCGACGUUACCGUGACACCAGGAGGGCCUUCCCUCACCUGGUGAAUGCUGGGAAAUACUCCACCACCUUCUUUGUGGUCACAUUUGCGGCCCUCUACAGAACUCAUAAAGAUCAGAAACAUGCUGAUGCUGAGGUGUUUUUCUACAUGCUAAUCCUGUCUUCAGUCGUCAGUUCACUCUACACACUGAUCUGGGACCUAAAGAUGGACUGGGGUCUUUUUGACCGCAAUGCAGGCGAGAAUAUCAUCUUGAGAGAGGAGAUUGUUUACCCACAUAAAGCCUACUACUACUGUGCCAUUAUAGAAGAUGUGAUCCUGCGCUUCGCCUGGACACUGCAGAUCUCUCUGACUUCCAUGACUGCCAUUCCUUCCAUCGAGGACAUCGUGGUUACCAUCUUAGCUCCUCUGGAAGUGUUUAGACGUUUUGUGUGGAACUUCUUCCGUCUUGAGAAUGAGCACUUGAAUAACUGUGGUGAGUUCCGAGCGGUGCGGGACAUCUCAGUGGCUCCUCUAAACGCUGAUGACCAGACACUGCUGGAGCAGAUGAUGGACCAGGAGGAUGGAGUCCGCAACAGGCAGGGCAAAAAGAGCUGGAAACGGAGCUACAGCCUGUCCUUACGACGACCCCUGCUAUCCUCACAGUCUAAGAAGGAUACUAAGGUGCUCAUUGAGGAUACGGAUGAUGAGGCCUUCAGCUGAGCCCAGAUCUCGCUGUCACGCCACCUGUCUCUGCUUUCUAUUGGUUCCUCACAGAGCUGCCUCAGCACACCUGAUCCCAAACACACACAGAUACACACAUAUUCACAUACUCUCUCUUUUCAACACUCACAACAGCCGUGAGACACAUCAGGACACAACAAUGACAUCGUACAAACACUAACACACACAUACAACAAAAUAGACAGUACACACACAUAGGAAAAGCCAAGUCUGGAAUUUUCCUCAAGGUACAUUUUUUAUUAGACUUUUUCUUUUUGUUCCUCUAUAUUGAUACUUUUUUGUACA